AUGAAGAAGAAAAACCCAGAAAUUCAUAUUCAAAAAAUUUCUGAAAAUUCAGCAACAAAACAGUUUAAAUUCCGAGAAAAUUACUGGUAUUAUUGGAUCAUCAAAGAUCUUGAGAAGAAGCCAUUCAACAAGCGAUCAUUAUUUGACGAUAAUCACUUGAAAAGAGACAUUCUGAAAAGCAUUGGCAAAUUGAACUCUCUUCACAAUCUUGAUUUAUCGGCUAACAAUUUGUCAGGUGAAAUUCCCAUAUCAAUUGGGGAUUGUAGCAGCAACAACAUUUCUAGUCCAAUCCCACAAGAUCUUGUCAAACUGAUAAACUUGGAAACCCUCAAUCUUUCACAUAACCAUCUCUCGGGGAAGGUCCCAUCGUCAUUCUCAAAUAUGCAUCUUUUCUUCUUGUUUAAAGCAUCACUCCAAAAAAUUGAAAGUAAAAAGGCAAAGUGA